AUGAAGUUUGCACCAAAUUUCGUCUUCAAGCUCAAAGAUCGCAGGUUUCGUCGCAGAUCAGCCCUGAAGAACACAAGGCCUCAGGUCCAUGAUCGGCCCAAUGAGCUGAUUCUCGAUGGAUCCUCAAAGACGACCGGGGCUCGGUUUAACGACCUGACCAACGAGCUGGUUGUCGAUGAAUCCCCAGAGAUGGCCAGGACUCAGUCUAACGAUAUACCGAACGAACCACUUCUCGAUACGUCCUCAGGGAUGGCCAGGCCUCAGUGUAACGACCCGCGCAACGAAAUGAUUCCCGAUGCAUCCUCAAAUAUGGCUAAGCCUCAGUUCAAUGACCUACCUAACGAGCUAAUUGUCAAAGUAUUCUCGAAGCUGAGGUGGACUCUCUCGGAGCCACUGCUAUACAGUGAGUGCCGUCUGGCUGGCGACUCAGCAUACAUCCCUUUCAUUAGGACGGUACUCAGCAGGCCGGAUCUGGCAUCCAAAGUAAACCACCUGAUCCUCUGUCCGUUUGUACUCGACAAUUCGAAAGAAACGAUUGAGCUGCUAAGAACGCGUAUUCCGGCUUUCCUUCGCCCAGCCGGCAUUGAAUGGUAUCCGUGUGACCCGGUAGGCCGGGAUACUUCGGCCAUUACCUAG